AUGAUAAAAGUCGCACUGUUAGCUCUCUUCUUCUGCCUUGUUACUUUUAUUGACACAAGACCAAUUAUUGAAGGUAAAGACUAUGAAGUGAAAAGAAAAGUCAUCAAUACCCCAGAUGCACCAGCUCCUGUAGCUCCAUUCAAUCAAGCCAUACAAAUCAAUUACAUGUUAUAUCUAACUGGUCAAAUAGCCAUCGAUCCCAAAACCGGUCAGAUGGUUCCAGGCGAUGUUCGUAACCAAACGUAUCAAGUCUUGCGAAAUCUGGAGGCAGUAUUAAUCGCUGCUGGCUCAUCGGUUAAACAAUUAGCACACUGUCUGAUUAUACUAACGAAUAUUGAUCGAGAUUAUCAAAUUGUCAAUGAUAUCUAUUCGAAAUGGUUUCCUUCAUCGGACUUUUAUCCUGCUCGAUCAUCAAUCGGUGUAGCUAAAUUACCAUUCAAUGCGACUGUUGCUAUUGAAUGUCAAGCGUAUACAACAAAAGAAAUUUGA